AUGGAAGCAGGCCCCCCAGUGCUGACGAAGCGCUUGUGGCAUAUCGUAAGAGUCCUCUUCUUCAUGCUCCGCAAGGGCAUCUCGAAGAGCAAAUUAAUGGUGGAUCUCCACCUCAUGAUGAAACGUGGCAAGAUUGCAGGAAAGAAGGCCAUCGGCAAUCUCAUGUUCCAUCACCACUCUAACUUCAGCUGCCGAUCCUCCAACGCCCACGCAUCUUCCUCCUUCUUCGCCCCCCGAGAGUACGAGUUCAGCUGCAGCAACAGCCCCGCCUUCCCCUUCCACCUCAGCAAACGUAAGUCCCACCACCAUUCCUUUCAAAACCACCAUAACCACCACUACUUCUCCUGCAUCCACCCAACUCCCAUCGAAGACGACAUUACUGUCCUCCACAAGGCGCUCGAGAUCCUCAAUUCCGAUAUAUCGGCCGGCGUCUCGCCCGCUCCGUUCCUCCCGGGUUUCGGAAAGAGCCCGAUGGUGCGGCAGCUGCGGGUCACCGACUCGCCCUUCCCGAUCAAGGACCCGGCUGACGUGGACUCCCGCGUGGAUAAGGAGGCGGAGGAGUUUAUAGAGAGGUUUUAUGAGCAGUUAAGGAUGCAGAAGAAGAAGGCUGCCAUGGAUGCCCGUUACCACGAGAUGAUGAUGGCCGGAUACUAA